AUGACGAAAAGAAACUACGAUACCUACGAUGCAUUCUUCACGUUCGAAUUACUCGAAGAUGCCCUUUCUAAUCGCGGUAAUCCCGGGGAAAAGAUAGUCACCACGCUCGAGGCUAUUAAGGAGGACAUGAGGAUAGCAUCAAAAUUGCCGAGCGCAGUCGCUGCUAAGCCUGUCACCAGCAUCGAGCUCGUUCAACGAACUAGUGCCACGAAGCUCAUCAAGCAGUUAGAUAGAUCCUUCACAUAUCAGAGCAUUGGCAUAUAUCUUGGUACCAUUGUGCGCAUCAAUGACGAUCCAGGCAUCGACGAAAAAGUAACCGGUAAUUACGACAUCUUGUGCGAGUGCGAAAUUGGCGAAAGGACGCGAAGCAGAAGGAACCUCGACGCAAGAAUGCUUCGAAACAUUCACGGAGCCAUCAGCAGAGCCAAAGCAGCAGUCGCAGAUUUCGAUGAAGACCCGUCGGGAUGGAUCUUACGGGAGGAUAUCCACCUAUUGCGGCAGCACUUGAAGUAUGACAAAGGCCAGGAGGAGAACGAUCGGAUUGAGUUGCAAGAGGCCUGGGCAAGGGCAAGAACAGCGCAGGAGGCCUUGAGUGGCCUAGAGAAGAUGUUUGGCGACUUGUUUGCAGAUGAGUGGAAGCUCUUGGACACACAGCUAGUUAGUUGUGUGUGA